AUGGCGAAGUUCGAGGGCUCGCAACCUAAGGCCACGAACAAGGGAAGGGCAAUUCCAACGGACGUGGGCGAACUAAAUUGUCGUUGGCCAAGACCCAGUGCUGAUGAGGUAUUGAAACAUCGGGAGGAGGGGAAGUGUACUGGAUGUGGAGUGAGGGGACAUUACAACUGGGAUUGCCCUGUAAUAGCGGCAAAGGUAAAGGCUGGGAUCAUCCCCUUGCAAUCCUUUUCACAAAGUGCUGGAGGAGAAGGGAGAUUUAGCACAGGUGGAAAUGCCGUCCCUCUUGGAGAUAGGAAGAAAAUCAAUGCAGUCAGAGGGGAAGAAGCAUGUUUUGCAGAGCGGGGGAUGGACGAGGAGGAAAAAUAUGGGGACCCGUCGCGAUAG